UGCAGAGUAUUGGUGAAGUUGGUUCGCGACGGUCGGUUUCAGAUUUGUUCGCGUCUCGCGCUCCUGCUGAAAAUCCGUAAAUAUCAACCGAAAUUUCACGUAUUCACUCGAAAUUCGUCCGCAGUUUAGAACGUUUGUUUCAGAAUCGACUUUAAUCAUCCGAAAAUAUAAACCCAUUUCAGUGUUUUCGGACAGGACAUUUUUUGGUUUAAGAACGUGCCUUUUUGUUGAAAGUUUUUGUAUACCUACCCAUACAUUGUGUUUUGUGCAUCUACCUGCUCUUCUACAUAACUGACAUUUUUGCGAGUACUAGGAUUAUAUCAGCAGUUCUGUGGUGCAAUCAAUAGUUGUUUUUUGUGACAGUGAUUUUCAAAAUUAUACGGAUAAAUCGCACUAGUGUAUUAUUGUAUUUUAAAUUGGAUACCGUCAUUUCUCACUAGCGGAUGUUCAGAAAUAUGGGCCACUGAAUUGACUACCGAAUGAAGUAGUCAGUACUAAAUUCGGCCCGCUGAAACGGGCUGACUACCAGCAAAAUGGGAUUCGUGCUGCACACGUUGCCUUUUCUGGCAAUAUUGAUCAGCUGGAUCAACGCUGAACAAGUUGUUCUUUUGGAUACCACGGCCGAAGAAGUAAUGUUAGACUGGACGAGAUAUCCAUAUGGACCACUAUCGAGCACACCAGGGUGGGUCGAAGAAUCCUUCACCAAUUUCCAAAAAGGCAUUAACUGGCGAUCGUACGUAGUUUGCGAUGUGGCUUAUAACAACGCCAACAAUUGGCUGUGGACACCUUUCAUCGAUCGAGGGGACGCAAAUAGGAUUUACAUCGAAAUUAAAUUUACAAUCAGAGACUGCAGCUUGUUCCCAGGAAACGCCCUGUCAUGCAAAGAAACGUUCAGCCUGUUGUACUACGAGUUCGACGCUGCGACGCGCGAACCCCCACCUUGGGACGCCGAACGAUACAAGCUAAUUGGACGUAUAGCAGCUGGAGAAGGUCGAUUCAACUCCAACAGCGAAGUGAACAUAAACACCGAGGUCAAAAGCAUUCCAGUCACUAAGAGAGGAGUUUACAUCGCUUUUAGAGACCAGGGUGCCUGUAUAUCACUUUUAGCUAUUAAGGUAUAUUAUAUUACCUGCCCAGAAGUGACUAUCAACUUCGCCAGGUUUCCAGCGACUCCAACUGGUAAAGAAAUAACCAUUAUAGAACAAGCUCAAGGCACUUGCGUGGACAACGCCGAGGUGGUUGGGGGAGCCCCAAUCUACUUAUGCAAAGGUGAUGGCAAGUGGACGUUACCAACUGGUGGUUGCAAGUGCAAGUCCGGAUUUCAGCCUGACUUGGAAAAACAAACUUGUAAUUUAUGCCAACCAGGAACUUACAAGUCCGAGGUAGGAGACGGACCGUGUCUUGCAUGUCCAAAACAUUCGCAAGGACAAGAUUAUGGAUUGUCCGAAUGUCGAUGCAAUCAGGGAUAUUACAGGGCACCUACUGAUCCGAAGAACAUGUCAUGUACACAACCUCCUUCAGCUCCUUUAAAUCUAACUGUAAAUUUCGUCGACCAGUCCACCGUAUUUUUGACGUGGCAGCCUCCAGAAAAUCAAGGUGGCCGAAACGAUACAGUGUACAGAUUAAGAUGCGACGCCUGUAGCGGAGGUCUCGUACAGUAUAAUCCGUCAACGGAAACUUUCAACGAAACACGAAUCCAGAUUAGCGGCCUAAACGCGGUCACCACGUACCGAUUUCAGGUGUUUGCCGAAAACGGCGUCUCUCAUCUCAGUUUGAGGCCCAAUGCCGAAUAUGCUAAUAUAGUUGUUACGACCGAAGCCUCGGUGGUUAGUAGUAUAUCGAAUAUUAAGGUAACUUCGGUUAAAAGUACGGAGAUUACUUUGGAAUGGGACGCGCCCAUUACGGAUGGGGAUUUAGAAAGCGAUCAAGUGGAGACAUAUGAAGUCAGGUGGUUCCCCAGGAAUGAGGAAUACAGCAAUUCCACUAGUUUUCUAAUAACGACUUUAAAAGCAACUAUCACCGGAUUGCAGCAACGAACAGAAUAUGGAUUCCAAGUUCGAGCCAAAACACCAAGAGGAUGGGGAGCAUGGUCUCCAGUUAUAUUCCAUACCACUGGACAAGUUUUAAAUCCAGCUUUUGUUGGACCACAAGAAGGAUUCAGAUUACAGCUAGUAGCAGGAGCAAUUGUCGUUAUUGUAGUGGUCCUCGUAGCGGUUAUUGUACUCACCGUCGUAUUCGUCAGAUCCAGAUCAAACGACGAAUGCAACAAGAAGCAACCCAGCGAUUGCGAUACCCUCGAAUACAGAAAUGGAGAAGUUCAUCACUCCAGCUUGGACAAUCCCCCAAUUGUCACUACCCAUACCAACGUGACUACACCACUUUUCACUGGAAUUAGUGGUUCUUCAAGAACAUAUAUCGAUCCUCAUACGUACGAGGAUCCUAACCAAGCUGUUAGAGAAUUUGCUCGGGAAAUUGAUGCAAAAUGCAUUACCAUCGAAGCUAUAAUAGGUUGUUACUUUCAAGGUGGCGGCGAGUUCGGCGACGUGUGCAAGGGCAAACUGAAAAUGAACGGGGCGGAAAUCGACGUGGCCAUCAAGACGCUCAAGGCCGGAUCGCUGGACAAGAGCCGGAACGACUUCCUGACCGAGGCGUCCAUAAUGGGCCAAUUCGAACAUCCGAACGUAAUAUUUUUGCAAGGGGUCGUCACCAAAUCCAAUCCGGUCAUGAUCAUUACCGAAUAUAUGGAGAACGGAUCUCUGGACACGUUUUUAAGGGCAAAUGAUGGCAAAUUCAAAGUGAUACAGUUGGUCGGUAUGCUGAGAGGCAUAGCUUCAGGAAUGCAAUAUCUUAGUGAGAUGAAUUAUGUGCAUAGAGACUUGGCGGCUAGGAACGUAUUAGUAAAUUCGGAGUUAGUCUGUAAGAUAGCUGAUUUUGGUUUAAGUAGGGAAAUAGAAAGCGCUACUGAAGGAGCUUACACCACAAGAGGAGGUAAAAUUCCAGUAAGAUGGACAGCUCCAGAAGCUAUUGCUUUCCGCAAAUUCACAUCUGCCAGUGACGUAUGGUCGAUGGGUAUUGUGUGUUGGGAGGUUAUGUCUUAUGGAGAACGGCCAUAUUGGAACUGGUCCAAUCAAGACGUCAUCAAGAGCAUAGAAAAGGGCUACAGACUGCCAGCCCCUAUGGAUUGUCCAGAAGCCAUCUAUCAAUUAAUGUUAGAUUGUUGGCAAAAAGAAAGAACCCACAGGCCUUCCUUCCAAUCCAUCGUAAAAACUUUAGAUAAGUUAAUUCGCGUCCCAGAUACUUUAAGAAAAAUUGCUCAGAAUCGCAUGAGAAACUCUAUGCUUUACAUGUUUUCCGCCAAUCCCCUGUCCGCCGACGCUCCCGACCUGACGCAGUUCACCUCCGUCGAGGAAUGGCUCAACUCCAUCAAGAUGACCCGCUACCUGGAGAACUUCCACGCGGGCGGCAUCAACAGCAUGGACGCCGUGGUCAACUUGACGGUGAAGGAGCUGACGGAGCUGGGCAUCACCCUGGUGGGCCACCAGAAGAAAAUUAUGAAUAGUGUACAGAACAUUCGGGCGCAGAUACGCGUCAACGGUAACGAAGGGUUCCUAGUGUAAGAUGAGGCGGUCGAGGAGCUCAACGCGGACACCUGUUACAAAUCUCAUUUGUGUCAAAUUUUAGCAUAGAGUGACGUAAUGCGUGUAAAGAACUCUGACUCUCUAGUUUCGGUUUUAAUUUAAAUAUGAAUAGAAAUAUGACGGCAUAGUAUAAAUACUGAAUAGAACAUCGAAUAUUCAUUGGACUUCAGAUUCUUGAUUGCAGAUUAAAAUAUAUGGGUUUUGUUGGAUCAUAUUAAUUGUGGUGAAAAAUUGAAGGAUUGUCUAAAAACUUUUUUUGGACAAUUGCAAUUUUGCAAUUGCCAAAAAGUCUUUUUGACGAUUCGUCAUCAAUUUUUUUUCUUGGGCCAUAAGCCAUACCAUAUUUGAUCAUAAUCUGAAGGGACACAUUUUUAAACAACUUUUAUAUAAAACUGUUCUUUUUACUCGGUUCUCUAUCUCUACAAUUUUUACAAUAACAAAUCCGAAAAGUUUACACAAUGUGACGUCAUUAAAACUAUAACAGGGUUAGUCUGAAAUAAGUGCAAAUAUUUUUAGGGCUAGUAGAUCGGGAUAAAAGAAACGUAUUUUCUCUUUACCAUUUUUCAAAUAAAUCCAAAAUAACCUAGUUAUUUUACUUCAAAAAUUUCCAAAAAAAACUUUUUGUCAAAAUUUUGAGAACCACUAGAUCUUUUCAGGAUUUUCUUUCUUGUAAACUUAAUCUACCACCAAUGUUGCCUAAAAACAAAAAUAAAUUCCAAUUUUUUUUUCAAAACAUUGAAUUGAUUUUUUCUACUAAUUCUCAUUAUCGUGUUUCUGGGGUCAAAAUAUACUACCCAUAAAAUUAUUUGCACUUAUUGAAGACUCACCCUGUAUAUUUUCACAACCAUAUCAUCGGAAUUUCCACACUCAUGCCAUCCACUUUUUGUAAACAAUUUUCAUAUAUUAUUUUCUCUAUCUCUAGAGGUUUGGACAGUGAGACAUCUAAGAAACCUAAUUUUUAAAAUUAAUACUUGAAGCCAAUCGGGCAAAAACAAAAUUCUCAACUUUAUAGUUGCUAAAUUUAUAGAGAAACGUGUGUAUAAAAAAAAUGAGGAAAAAAUCGUUUUGGAGAAAAACACAUUUACCAAACUGUGCUACAUUUACAGUCCUCUAUUCACGCAGUUGUGCAGCUCUGAACUGUUCAAGAAUACGAUACUCUCACUCCAUUCAAUUGAGUCAUAAAGUUCAGAACUGUUCCGCGCCAUAUGGCGGCACCAGGCUAUUGCGCACAGCUCCUUUCAGAACCGUUCUCGAGUAGCCCAGGGUGUAAAGCUCUGGAACUUGAAAUUCGCGAAUGGAGGACAGCAAUAUUGUAGUUACUAAACCUAUAGAUUUAAAAAUAGAAUUGAAGGGCCCAGGGGAAAACAUGAUAAGCUCCAAUUUCUUAAUUUUAGGGUUUUAUAAUAUUAUAGUAGGUCUAACUGGUCCCUACAAAAUGUACCUAUAAGCUCUGCAGGGCUAGUAGCUGUUAUAAGCUGUUAAAUUAUCACAAAAUAAUACAUACAAGGAAAGAGCCUGGUAACCACCAGCCGUCCAGGGAUCUCCUGUAAAAUUAGUAAAAUGGCGCUUAGCAUGUUUUCCCCUGGACCCUUCAAUUAUUUAAAUGCAUUAUUUCUUAGCUUCACCAUUGAUACGUUUUAGUUAGGUAAAUAAUUAGUUAUUGAAAAAUUAAACUAAGACUUGAAACUAUAAUUUAUUUGGUUUUUUAAUAUUUUCGAUUUUUUUAAUACCUAGGAAUAAACUACUCUACAUUCCUAUAAUAUGUAAUAACCUCGUUAAGUGGUUAUAUGUAUUUGUAUUUAUACUGUGCCGCAUAUUAAACUAUUAUGGACUUAUUAAUCAAUAUAUUAUUUUCUUGUAACUAUAAGAUAAUAUUGCGGCAGCUUGCGCUUUAAUUUAUUGUAAACCACAUCUCUUGGACUGAUUCGAAUAACGGACGUAUUUCGUUUAUAUUACGAGAUUUUAAUGUGAUCUUAAAUAUUAGAUUAAUUAUAUUAUGUUUAACACUUUUUUCAUCGCUACUGUCAUAGAUCCUAGGUAUAUCUUAAAAAUGUAAUAUAUAAAGUGUUUCAUUUUAGACCACUUGAAUGUAAUAGACAUGGUAUGGAGGGAAGAUAUUUUUGAAUAAUUAACUAUCUCACUUAUAAAAUCGUUUAAUUGGAUGUUGAGUUCAAGAUGUAAGCUCGAGGAAAAAAUAUACAGGGUCGCUCUUAUGUAUGGGAACGGUCGAUUAUUAGGUAAAAUAUAGGAGGUACCGCAA